CUUCCGUAGAACUGGUAAAGCAAAGUUCAGCCACAGGACCACACUGGAGGAACGCUAUCGGCGCGUUGCAGCAAGCGUGAAGUCAAGAGUCGUCGAUCGCCAUGCCUAAGGAAAUCCGGGACAUCAAAGAAUUCAUUUCGAUUGCAAAGCGGAAAGAUGCUACCCAGGCCCGGAUAAAAAAGGUCGCUGCUAGAACUCCUACUGGAACAGCCAUCACCAAGUUCAAAGUUCGGUGUUCACGAUACCUUUACACACUCUCUGUCGACGACCCAGAAAAGGCCGAGAAACUGAAGCGGAGCUUGCCACCAGGUUUGACCGUCGUGGACGUCGACACGAAGCCAAAGAAGAAGUAGACUGGCAGUUUCCUCACUUCUUUCUUCUUCGACCAGGGGGAGCAAGGAGGCUAGGGGGCCUCCAAGCGACCUUGAUAUGCAUUUAAACAUGCCGUAUGCCGAUACACUGUAUGUAUGAGUCGCACCACACGAGACAUAAUAUUGCAAAGCUCGUUGAAGUCCAGCCAA